AUGGCCCGCCGAGCCCUCCCCGCCGCCGCCGCCGCCGCAGCCGCGCCCCCCGUCAGUGCUCCAUCACUGGCCGCAGUGCGCACGCUCGCCCCCCGCGGCAAGCUGGGAAACCAUUUACAUUUUGCCCGAGCUGAUGUUCAGCUUCGAGUGCCCUUUCUCUCCCCAAGCCUUACUCACUUCUUGUAUCCCCUCGUCCUGCAAGGAGCCACAGGCCUGAGAGUGCAGCAGGAGCCCAAGUGGUUGCAGGUGACACAGGGAAGCCAGGUGACCUUGGCCUGCUGGGUGAUACAGUCCCAAGCCUGGGAGCGGCUCCGCGUUGGGUGGACCAAGGAUGGCGUCUCCUUGUGUGAGCCACACAUCACCAAUGGCAGCCUCAGCCUGGGGGUCUGCGGGCCCUGGAGGCUGCUUUCCUGGAAGCCGCCUGGCAACCUCACCCUGCAGCUGGACCACGUGAGCCUCAACGACAGUGGGGACUACGUGUGCUGGGUGGCCGUGGAGAUUCCUAAGUUGGAGGUGGAGCAGGGCAAUGGCACGCAGCUCCUGGUGGAGAAAGAUGGCCUGCCCACGAACCAGACCUCGGUCGACUCAGGACUCCUGGUGGCGCCGCUGGUGGCAGGGGGCGUGGCCGUGGCCGUCUUCGCGCUGAGCGCCUGGGUCUGGGGCCGACGUCGCAGCAGGCGCGAGGACUCAGGGCAUCCUCUCUACGGGAACGUCCUUUACCAGCCCCGGAGGGCCCCAAAGAAGAGUAAGGCGUGGCGUGUGGAGGCGAAGGUGCUGGACGUCCCCAGCGCGGACCAGAAGAGUCAGAGCUUCUAUUCCAUCUCUUUCCCCCAGCCUCCCAGCCCCCAGCAGCGCCUGGCCCGGAAGCCUUGCCCCAGCCCCAGGUCGAGUCACCCCAUAUCUACCGUCGGCCUCUCCCCUGACCCACGCCCCUCUGGGCGGCAGUGGCCAAGAGGGCGCCUUGAAAUGUCCUUUCCGCAGCAGCAGCAGCAGGCCUCGGCUGCCUGCCGGGGCGCAAGGGAGGGGCCGCGUGGGGGCAAGGCUGGCCUGAGAGCCUCCCCCGGCGCUUUCUCCAUCCUUGUAUCUGUCUGUAUCAGCUGUGUCCGGGUUUUCCGCUGA